AUGACUGUAGAAGCGACUAUAUUACCGAGCUCAGAAGAGGUGGAAGAUGAUUCCCUGGGUGAGGAUCUGACACCUGUAGAGUUUGUACCUCCCUCGUUGCCCUGCGAAGAUCAAGAUCCUGCCGAGACAUAUACCUUCUAUUCAGAAAUCCCGUCAGAAAUAGGCACAACUUCGACUCCAUGUAUACUUGGAGUUGAUGAAGCUGGUCGUGGUCCUGUUCUUGGACCCAUGGUAUAUGCAGUUAGCUACUGUAAAGUGGAUUAUAAACAAAAGCUGGCGGCUGUUGGAUUUGAUGAUUCAAAAGUGUUAACUCAUCAAACACGAUCUGAUCUGUUGGAGAAAAUGUGCACCGAUGAAGAAUUGAAAUCCAAUAUUGGCUGGGCCACUACAAUCAUGACAGCUAGAGAUAUUUCUAGUGGGAUGCUGAGACCUGAUAAUCAUGGGCCCUACAACUUAAAUGAGCAGGCUCAUGAUACAACCAUGGCCUUAAUUGAUCAAGUACUUAAAAGAGGUGUCAAUGUAGUUGAAGCCUAUGUCGAUACAGUUGGUCCUCCAGCAAAAUAUCAAGACAAACUUUCGAAAAGAUUCCCUUCCAUCAAGUUUACUGUGGCUAAAAAGGCUGAUUCGCUAUACCCGAUAGUCAGUGCCGCUUCAAUUUGUGCCAAAGUUACGAGGGAUGCAUCAUUAAUAGCACAAGACACUAGUGGCGGUACUUGGGGCUCUGGUUAUCCCUCUGACCCACGUACAUCAGCAUGGCUUCAUGAAAAGAUAGAUCCUGUAUUUGGGUGGCAGAAUAUUGUUCGGUUUUCCUGGCAGACCACACGGGAUGCUUUUGAAAAGUCCCGAGGUGUCGAGAUCGAGUGGGCCGAUGACCACAUUAAAACAUUAUCUAAAGUCACAGCUAUGUUUGGCAAACAAGACAAACCAACUACCGUGACCACUGGUCUGGAUAUGUCAACACGCUGGUACGGUGCGAAUGUCAGCUCGUUUUAG